UACUUGACCGGACAGGACGGGUUCUGAAACAAUCUUGUGCAGUAUCUAAAUAAAGCAAAGUGAAAAUAAAGCCUUUUGUGAUGUGAAGUGAUCUAAUAAUUUUCUAUCGGGAAAAAAAUCAUUGAAAAGUGCUUUGAAUCGGGCAAAACGAUACCUUCCGUAACUGUUGGAGCUUGUGAUGGAGUGCACAGAAGUGUAGAAAGAAAAUCGACCCGAGCUUGUCGCUGGACCAGAAGUCAAAAAUCACGGUGAUUAAUUGCAUCACACCCAGGAGAACCGAUCCAGGAAAGUCAUAGGUGGAUUAUGACUUCGUACCCAACUUUCGAAAGCAGUAACCCGGAGGAAAUUUUCUACUCAACCUAUGAACCGUCGAAGGAAGAAAUACUCGAGUAUGCAGUCAAGAUUGGCAUUGAUCCAGAGAAGGAAACCAACCUGAUUUAUCUCGCCCGGCAAGGAUUACUGCAUCCGUUGCCGGAAAAUUGGAAGCCCUGCUACAGCAAGCAGGUCAAGGCUUACUACUACUAUGAUCGGUACACGAGAAAAUCACAGUGGGAGCACCCGAUAGACGUCCUGUACCGACAAAAGGUUGUUGAUGCCAGGAAGGCCUUCUCGUUGGACCGGUCCGAUUCAACAUCACUGGCUGAUUCGGGCUUCCGCAGCCUGAAAUCCGGCGCAAGUAAUUUAAGUAAUAAUAGUAGCGGAAGUGGCAGCGGAGGUAGUGGCAGUGGGUGCGAAGCAAAAACACCCGGAUCUGAGAUUGGUGCAGCGGUAGAAGCUCUUUUUGGUGAAACUAUUGGAGAUUGCUUUAAGCAGCAUCGAACAUGUGACGGUCAUACGGGUUCUGUUUCAGCGUCUGCUGAGUCCGAUCGUGAAGAUAGUGUCAAAGAAGUAAACGUUGUGAAGGUGGAGGCAGAAAAAGACGAAGCAAGUGAAAAGAGCGAUGUUGAAUUAGGCGAAGAAGCUGGUACCGAGGGCGCCAACAGAGAUUCGAGUAAAGAAAAUAACCAUCAAACAUCGGGUAAUACGGAACAAACAUUGGCGGGACAAGAAACGAUGGCUUCCGGAUCACGAAUUUCAUUCAAUUUGGGAUCGAGUGUGAGAGACCGUUCAGAAGCUAGUAUGUCUCGAGGAUCAUUUCCCGGUUUUACCCUAACUGGAACCGGAUCGCAGUUCUUGAAAACAAACAAGAAACCAGAGUUUGACAGUUUAGAAUUAGGGAAGAAAGAAGAAGUUAAAGGUAUUUUAAGGGAUUCUAGUCUAACGUUUGUAAGAAAUAAAGGGACACCCAAUGAAGAUUCUUCGGAAGACAGAAAGAGCGUUCGAUUUGAUAUUGAUUUGAAUGCGGAGCUUAAAUCAUUUAAUAAACUGGAAGCGGUGCGAGAUGACUCUUUAAUAAAUUUUGAUGAGAUUGUAGAAGGAUCCGAUAAUGAUGCGGAAGUGGAGGAAGAGGUAGUGGAGAGUUUAGAGAAAAAGGCUUCUAGUUCAACGGAAACUUCCGGAGAGGAUUCGGAUGCCAGCGAGGAAGCAGAUAGCAAAGCGGAGGUAGCGAGAAGAUUUUCUGUUGAUCGUGGUAGCGAUGAUUCUAUUCGAUUGUUGAAAUAUUCGAUCGCUGAUGAGAAAGCAAGAUACAAAUCAAAGCUUGAAGACGAAUUGAAAAAUCUGCAAAUCAAAAAUGAAUCUGACACUAAAACCGAAUUGGCCAAGGAGCGAAAACGUCAUGAAGAACAAUUAGAUAAAGAAAGAGACAAACUGAAGGAACAACAUCUGAAAAAUAUUGACGAGAUCAAAGAAUUUUAUCAGGUCAAACUAAACGAGAUGAAGGCUGAUUACGAAGAGGAAAAUGAGAAAGAAUAUAGAAUCUAUCAAGAAACGCUUCAAGAAGAGUUCGAUCGAAGAGUAAAGGAAGUCACCGAUGAACACAGAGCUACGAUGGCUACUCUUCAGAAAAACCACGAUGAAAUUGUCGAGGAGCUCGAGCGUGAUUUAAAAACCGAAGAAGAGUUACUGAAGAAAGAGCACGGUAAAAAUUUAACAGAAAUGAAAAUCAAAUUAGCUCACGAGCUGGAUGUUGAGCGACAACGCAUGAGAGAGACGGGCGAGGAUCGACUGUAUGAGAAAAUUCGCUGUGAAAAGCGGUUGCUAGAAGACAAAUAUAAAUGUUUGAAGGAGAAGUACACCCGAUUGAAGACCGAUGUCCGGAUUUCCUUGGAAAGACGUAAGAAACGAAGAGAACAGCAGCAGCAUAGUUUGCUUAGCAAUAGCUACGAAACCGAUGAUCGUACCAAUUCAAGACCAACUCCUCACUAUCACUAUGAGGGAAAAUCCAGUACUCUUGCACAAACUUCAGUUAUGAUGAAUUCGGAAAAAUCUUCUAUAAGUACACCGCCACCAUCGGUUGCCUCCAAAAGAUUUCCUGUGAAAAAUUACACAAUGGAAAACAAAAAUAAGUUGUUGCAUUACAAUGGCAACGGGCACCAUCAGGUAGCUUCCCCGGCACUGUCUGAUCCACGAAAACCGUACGUCCUCAACAAUAAUCGUCUGCAGAAUAUGGAUGACACCAGUCAAAGUGAAACGACAUAUUCAAAAAACUACUUUCAAAUCCGUAACAUGUUCGCCAACGUUCGCGACGAAAAUUGUAGCUCAGAUUCAGAGUUCGAUAGAAAUCACGAGAAAAGUAACAACCCUAUAAGUCGACAGAAACGCAAGCUUUUCACCAAAACAAAAUCUGCCUCAACGUCAAAACUGAAUUCGUCAAAGCAUGAACGGGAGCGGCCCUGCACUCCCGUUGAGAAUCUAAGGAUUCAGCUGAAGAAGCUCGAAGAGUUGGAAGACCAGAUUCCGGACUGUAACAUGGACACACCUUAUCACCUACGCUAUCCAUUCAGUGAUCUAGAGAACAAUGGUGGCAGUACUGAGUUAGACUUCUUCAAGCAUCGGAUUCUACUCGAGCGGGACUCGGUUAUGCGUGCGAAAGAAUCACUACGAACCCAGAAAAAUUUGUUCAAAUCAAAACAGCGUGAUAUCUCGAUCAAACACACAAUGAAGAAUAAACACACGAUGGAUCAAAUCUUUAAUGAGGAGAAAGAAUUGACCGAGAUGGAAGUUUCGUUGCAUAGAACUCGGGCUCUGUUGGGCGAAAAAGUUAUCCGACUACGUCAUCUGGAACGGUCGCUACAAAAGCUGUCGGAAAAGGAUCGUCCAACAUUACCGGAGAAUAUAGAAAUUAAUAUGAAACCAAAGGAAACGCUGAGUGAUCUGUCAUCCUAUUCCAGUUCCGGUUUCAGUAGUACUGAUGUGCCUACGGAACAUGGAAAUGUUCGUCAUCAGCUCGUUGCAAAAGAGUCCAAUGAGACACUUAAGUAUUUGGAGCAUCUACAUAGUGAGAUUCAGGAUAUCUGGAACAUUUUGAAUCCAACUCAUCAGGCCACUGGCUACGAAGAGCUGGAUUAUCUAAAUAAUCCUUCUCAACAUUUCUGCGAUAUGGUUAUGUCGCCAAAGCAAGGUGGAAUUUCAAGCUUGGGCACUGCAACGUCACACCAACAGAUUCACCAGCAGAAACAGCAACAACAGCACCACUACACUGUGAAUCUGCUGGAAAAAACUCGGGAUCUGAAGAAUUGGUUGCGACAGGCAAAAUCUGAGCACGAACUUCUGAAAAAGAAAUCCUUUGGAUAAGAUCAGACGUGUAGGUGCUAGAGAACAGAGUUUUCAAUACAUAUUUUGAAAGUCUGACAAAUUUUGAAAAACCGAUUUCUCAAACUUUUCAGACAUUUGGGAAUCUAAAUUCUUAUCACAACAGUUUUGUUGAAAUUUACUCAGUAAGUCGAUAUACAGCAAUUUAAAAGAAUGGACUUGGUUUUUUUUUGUAACAGGUUAUUUUGAAUUCAAGGUUUUUUUUUCAAAAUUGCAUAACUUGGGAAAAACUCGCUUUCGGUGACGCUCUGAACGAAUGAGCACGUUGUUUAUUUCGCCGGAGUGUUUCUCAAGAAAGAAUGAAUUUUAAUCUGUAUUGCGGCGGCUCUGUGUUGCGACACAUCAAGGUUAUCACUGACGAUCCAGUGAAAUGAAAGUCUGAGGCUUGUUUGCGACAAAAUCUGCCCAAAUUAGAUCUGGUAAUCAUUUAUUUGUGUAUUAUGAAUCAUCUUAAAACUUAUUACAGUUACUCAAUUAGGCUGCAUGUAUAAAUUACGAACUUUUGAGUUUACUGCACCCAUUGGGGUCUGUGUAGACCUUACUGCAACUGAUUUAGCUGCUUUUGUCCAAGAUUCUCGAUUUUUUCUGUAGUUGUUGCUUGUUGUUUAUAUUGAGAGAGCUCGCGAUUCACGAGAUCCCAAUUCCGUUUGAUAGGUCGCAACUCCGGGCAGUUGGGUGGAUUCGACUCUUUCAGUACAACAUGGACUCUAUUCGCUUUAUACCAUUCCAAAACGUCUUUGGCGUAGAUACUAAAUCAGGCCAGAAUAGCGAGGGAGCAUAUGAAUGGUAACAAUCGCCUAUUUAGGCAUAUUUCACGGUAUAUUUCCUUGUUUGCGAUUCCGGUAGUGAUGAAGCUUUGGCUACCAAAUUGCUGUACGGCGACUUCCGAAUAAAUUGCGGGAAACGAUCGGUUGAAGAUUUCAUGUUUAUUAUUUCCUCACACGUUUUCCAUGCUAUUUCCUACUGUUUUUAAAAUGAUAACAUAGAAUAAGACAUAACACAAAGAAAGUGAUAGCUACUCAAUGAAUCGGUAAGAUGUUUGCCAGAGAAUAAUAGUCUAGGCUUUCAUCAAUUAUAUGACAGUGGAUCCCAUCUUAUAAUCCCUACUUUCCUCGCGGUUCAACCUUUGAUAAACCGCUCCCAUAGUAUAUGAACGUACCAUUAAACUAUAGUGUGAUAUUAAAUUUUAGAUAAAUUCGAUGUUAGUAGUUUGAAUCCAAUUAGUUGUGAGACCAGAAGAUAAACUGAGAGAAUGUUAAAGUAAGUUAAGGAUAACUAAGAACAUGAAGAUGCAAUCGACAGAAAUUAGCAGACAAUUUAACUACAACACUUUAUAAAAUUGUUCCAACUUUAUUUAAUUACAUGCACAAAUAACUAUAAGAAACAAGAAAAAAAAAACAUUUUAAAUGAAACAUUUUCAUUUCAACUAAUGUAUGCUGAAAUUUGAAGAAAAUCGCAUAUUUGGACAGUUUGCUGUGCUCAUAAUGUUUUGGUUUUGGAUUCAGUUGAACACAAUACGAUUGAAUUUUCAAUACGAGUAAAAACUAACAGUUUGUCACUCUAUUAUUAAAUAUACAGGAAUAUACAGAAAAAUUUAAAAAAAAGUACGAAUUGGUCCAGUCAUAAAGACAAAUAUUAAUUACGACAGAGAUUAUUUUAACAUUCCAUAUUAGAAUUUAAUAAACAAAUAAUGGAUAAAAAUUUGUGUAACAGAAAAACAAGUAUGAAAGAAAAAUAUUUAACACGAUCUUGUCGGCAAAAUAUCAAGAAAAAAACUGUAUCACUUUUACGUCUGGUUUGAAACUACGAAUUACUACAUUGUAUACGUGAAAGUAUGUUUGGAACCUGAAAAUUGUAUUAAUUUGAUAUUACUUAAUACAUGCUAGAUUAACUCACUACUGAUAUUCAUAUCAUCUCAACACAGACCUUCUCUGGAAUUCAUCUUAUAAAAAAGCUAGCAAAUGAAAUAAAAUAAUUUUUAGUUUGAAAACGAAGUCAAGAUGAUACCGCGAUCCACGAUUAGAAACUUCAACAAAACUGAUUACAUUUGCUUUUAUUUUAACCGAUGAAAACGGUCGACGGUGCGGGAUGUAGGUAACCAGGUCGCCGACAGGACAACAAAUUUUGAAUGAAAUUCAAACUAACAAAUGUUUUAAGGACAUCUAGUCGAAUAAACUACUAAUACAACCCAGUUCUAAAAUAAUGUUACAAUAAAAA